UUUCCCAUGUGGACCUCAGAACCACCUUGCUUUAGGAGAAAAUGCUGCACACAUCAUCCAACAUCAAAUGAUGCCCUCACUGUUUUAGAACUGGACCUGUAACCCAGGGAGAUCAUUCAAGACAAGAAAUCAUGGAACCAGUGGACACUGACGUGGAGAAUAUGAAUGGAUUGGUCAUGGAAAUGGAACCUGAAACGCAGUCUUUGAAAGAUCAAACUGACCUGGAACUCACAACCAAGACGAAAACGAAAUGCUGCAAAGGGCUUAAGACUUUCAUUGCUGCGUUGGCAUUUACCUACUUCAGUAAAGUGUUUUCUGGGGCCAUCAUGAAAAGUUCCAUCACGCAAAUAGAAAGAAGAUUUGGCAUUUCCUCAUCUAGAGUUGGAGUCAUGGAUGGAGGCUUUGAAUUGGGGAAUUUGUUGAUGAUUGCAUUUGUGAGUUACUUUGGGGCCAAAUUCCAUCGGCCAAGAAUAAUCGCUCUUGGUUGUUUUAUCAUGUCCUUUGGGAGCUUUUUAACAGCAAUGCCUCAUUUCUUCAUGGGAUAUUAUAAAUAUGAUACAUUAUCACGUUCACCAGACAACUCAACAUCCAGUAUCUCUCCCUGCUCAUUGAAUCAAACAGUUCCAGGGGUAGAAGAGUUGCCAGGGUCAGGCUGUGAAAAGGAAAGUAUAUCUUACACAUGGAUUUUUGUCUUGAUGGGGAAUCUACUACGUGGAAUAGGCGAAACACCAAUAACUCCACUGGGCAUAUCUUACAUCGAUGAUUUCUCUAGAGAAGAAGAUGCUCCUUUAUAUAUUGGCUGCUUGCACACAAUAGCAAUGAUUGGUCCGAUGGCUGGUUACCUCCUGGGAGCUCUGUUAGCCAGGCUGUAUGUCGACAUUGGCUUUGUGGAUCUCAGUACAGUAACUAUAACCCCAUCUGAUGCCCGUUGGGUUGGUGCAUGGUGGCUGGGCUUUUUGGUAGCCGGUGUCACCAAUCUGAUUUCUGGCAUCCCUUUCUUGUUCCUGCCUAAAAGUCUGGACACAAACAAAGAGAAUGACCACAUCAAGCCAAAAAUGGAUGUGGUGAAAAUUAAUGGUGAUGAAAGCCAUAUGGAGAACUCUGAAACUGAGCAAGGAGUGGGGUGCACGGGAAAGCUGAAAGGGUUCUUUAAGUCCAUGAAGACUUUAUUGGUUAACCGAAUGUAUUUUGUACUAUUGUGUGUGACGUUGCUGCAAGCUAACAGCUUUAUCGGUUACAUGACAUAUAACCCAAAAUACAUGGAACAGCAGUAUAGCCAGCCUGCAUCAAAGUCUAAUUUUGUAAUAGGUGUAGCAGUUUUGCCAGCUGUUGGCAUUAGCAUGUUUUUAGGAGGGUUCAUCAUGAAAAAGUACAAGCUAGGCAUCGUCCGUGCUACGAAGAUGGCAAUUACAGUGUCACUGGUGGGAUUCUUAAUUUCAUUGCUCUACGUGGCAGUGGGUUGUGACAACCGCACAGUGGCUGGAUUAACGGUGUUCUAUGAUGGGCAACCUGCUACGUUGGACACCAUUCCUUUGUCUUCAGUCUGCAACUCAAACUGCAGCUGCGCUCCGAACCAGUGGGAUCCCGUCUGUGGAGAAAAUGGGAUCACAUAUGUGUCGGCAUGUUUUGCUGGGUGCAAAGACAUAACGGGAUUCAGGAAAGAAACAGUGUUUCACAAUUGUAGCUGCAUUGAACAGGCGGGUUCUGUGAUGAGAAAUUCCUCGGCAGUGUUGGGAGAAUGUCAAAGGAGAGACGACUGUUCAAAAAAGUUUAUUUAUUUCAUAGCAAUAAAAGUAGCAAGUUCCAUUUGCUAUGCAAUAGGAACGACUCCUUCUUUCAUGGUCAUGAUUAGAUGUGUACAUCCAAAACUGAAGUCACUUGCAGUGGGUGUCUACAUGCUUGUGAUAAGAGCUUUGGCUGGAAUUCCAGCCCCUGCAUAUUUUGGUGCAGUCAUAGACAAGUCUUGCUUGAUGUGGUCAAAGACCAGCUGUGGCCAGCGUGGAGCUUGUAGGAUAUAUGAUUCUAAUGUGUACAGAAAAUCUUUCUUUGGUUUGGUAUAUGCCUUAAGAACUCCAGCCUUUCUGCUCAGUGCAGUGUUUUUCUACCUCGUCAAGAAACAUUUUGGAAAACGAGAAGCUGACGCCAAUGAAAACGGGACAAAAGAAGGCAUUCCUUUGAAUGGAGAAGUAAAGAAAAAUGGCACCGCACACUAAGCCAGCAUUUCAGAUGGACACCAGCAUCUAGAGGAACAUUGUAUUUACAAAAUCAUGCACUGAUUAUGGGAGCAUCUUGGCUAGAUAAAAGAUUAAAUUGACAAUGAAGCAGUA